GCCAUUUCCGCUUUUUGACGCGCGAAGAAGAAAAUGCCGCGAGAGUGAGUGAAGCUUGUUUUUGCUACAACCCGUUUUCAUCGAGUUUAACGUGACUGUGUGGAUUGUUUGAAAGAAACGUAGUAGGCUGUUUUACUAUUGAACCUAAACUAACGGUUGAAGAGUGAGAGGAGGACCAAAGAUCAAGCAUCCAUUGUGCUGAAAGUGUCCUUGAGCAAGUCACUGAAUUUCCACCAGCUUUAGGGUGCGGCAGUGUAACAGUCAGGAUGAAGAAGUGGGGAGACAGAGUGAAGAAGGUUGAGCAGCUUGCUCAGUCAUUUCAGCUGAAUCCUCUGGCCACAUGCUACAAACCUCGACUGUGGCCAUGUCAGCCUUCCUCUGUCUGGAAGCUCUUCUCUCGUCAAAACGUGGCUAUUAGCUUUGCUCAGAGCUGCAAAGAGGCUGUACAUGUUUUUGCACUUGAAAAAGAGAACACAUCUUUGGGUCAGAGGAUCUACCUGGUUACCAGUUACAGUGAACUGUGGCACUACUACAGGACCUACCCUCAGUCCUUGAUGCACUGCUAUGAGGUGAUACCAGAGGGCGCUGUGUGUAAGCUUUACUUUGACUUGGAGUUCCACAAACCCUCAAACGAAGGAGCUGAUGGGAAAACUAUGGUGUCUUCUCUUAUCCAGUACGUCUGUGACAAGCUAAUGGAGGUUUAUGGGGUUGCAUGCGCCACAAAAAACAUCCUCAAUCUUGACUCCAGCACAGAAGAGAAGUUCAGUCGUCAUCUUAUCUUCAACCUCCAAAAUGCUGCUUUCAAGGACAACACACAUGUUGGUAGGUUUAUUCAAGCAGUUCUUCAGCCAGUCCUGGGUGUUGGGAUGAAUUCAGUGGUAGAAAACAGUGAAACACGCAGAACAUGUGCUAUUCCUGAGGAGAAGCCAGCAAAGGCAGAUAAGGUGCCAGAAAGUCCACAGAUCAAGAAGCGUAAACAGGAAGAGAGGGACCUCAGAUUCCUCCAGGUGAAAAACAAGGAUGGUCAAGACUGCCUCUUUGUGGAUCUUAGCGUUUACACCAAAAACAGAAAUUUCCGCCUUUACAAGUCAUCAAAAGUGGGAAAGAACGCUGCGUUCACUGUGGCAGAUGACAACAAGUUCACAGCCGAGAAGGGGAUCUCUGCAGAGGAAAGCAUAUUCCUGGCUUCCUUAGUCUGUAAUGUGAGUUUCACAGGUCAGAGGAUUCUUACCUGGGACGUCCCAGAAAAAAAGGAAUCCAAAACCUCAAGGCCUCAUCGCCAGCAGCUAGCAGCCACAGAUCCAGGUAACACUAAGUCAUCCCCACACCAAGAAGUGGACGCCUUUGUAUUAACGGUGGUUAAAAAGGAUGGCAUACAAGGAAGCAUCAGACGUUGGAACUACUUUGCCUCAGAACAGCUGCUUGUCUAUGACAUUGCCAAAUACCGCUGGUGUGAAAAUGUGAACCGGUUUCAUCAAAGCAACAACAUUAUGAUUGUUGUGGAUCUCAAAGCAGAAGUGUGGUACCAGAAGUGUCACGAUCCCGACUGCAGGAACUUCAGGUCCUCAAGUUACCCACUGCCACAGGAGAUCUGUGUGAGCUACAUCAUGGCACUGGAUGAAGAGGACCAAGCUUACUUAAUGGAUGAUGCUGGCAACAUCGAACCAGGCCGGGCACCAAACCAGGCCCCACAGAGUGUGGUGUGUCCAGAGGAGGAAUCUGUCCAAGUCUGGGGAGAUGCACAGGAUAACCAGGACUAUAUAAAGAGCCUGGAUGACUUUGAAGAAAACAGCAUGGAGAUCUCUGAUCAGCUUCUGCUCAACUGCAUGGCAGAGUUUGAUUCCCAAGUGCCAUUCUGCAGUCAACCAGAAGAGAACCCUCCCAUGAAAACAAGGCUGCAACUGAUGCUGUGAUUACUCUGGACAACUACACCAAAAGCAUCCACCCACACAGCAAUAAUCAAAGAUUAUCAGGGAUAUAUUUUUUUUUUUAGCCUG